UUGAAAAGCUUGAGAUGCAAUGAAGUUUAGAAAUGCUAAUUCAGUUUUGCAGACCAAAGAGGGGCGCGACUAGAGAGAUUUUUAGGAGAUCGCCUUUGCUUAGCUGCCCGAUCAAGUUUUGCACAGGGGACAAUGGUUUCCUUGACAAGACGAGGAAGGGAUACAGUUUACCAAGCAGAGUCUCCCAACAUAAUACACGAUCCCCAAAUAGGUAAGAUAUCGGUGUAUUUUUUUUUAAUUUAAGUGAACUUAAAUUGCCUGUUUACUAGUUUAAAUUAAUAUACUCGCUAAGCCUAUUUUUAUCCAUGUUCAUUUAUCGGAAGGGAGACUGGGCUAACUGUGAUCACUAAACUGUGAAAAAAUUAAACCUGAUUAUAGGAAUUGUCGCGAAAAGUUUUUGGAAGCCUAAUAUAAAACUGGAGCCCAAAAUCAAAAUCUUAUUGGGUGGCACAUAAACAAUAAUUAUAACAAACAACAACUCAGCAAACCUACAGUGCAUUUCCCACAGGGUAUUAUUGCAUCUGUCAGUUGCAGCUCCUCGCCCCCGCCCCCCUUCCUCUCAGCUAACCCCCAGCAUAAUCAUUUUGUCUUUGAUGGCAAAUUCGCGGGGGCAGGGACACUUGAGCUGCCAAAUGCCUUGUGUCAGGGAUGAAAAAAAAUGGCAAAUAUCCCGUCCUCAAUCAACACUGCAACACUUUUCAUUGAUAAGCAAAAUGAGUAUAGCAUUUUUAUGUGUGAUUUUUAAUUUCCGUUACAGCUGUUUCUGAUAACACCAUGUUUCAGGAUAAAUUUGGUUUUUCUUUGACGUCAAUCAAGCCGUUACCAUAGCAUCCAAUCCUUGCUUGUCAAAUAAUGGCAGCAAUGUUGUUGGGAACGUACCAAUUCGUUUUCACCCCCCCCCCUCCCCCCAUAUCUCUGUUUCUGGGGUUUGUAAGCAUCAAGUCUAACAAAGUACUACUUGUUGGAGCAAUACAGUAUGAGUAGGUUCAUUAAUUAAUUGAAGAAAUACAGGCAUAAAAUCGAGAAAACAUACCUUAAAAUGCCUAGAGCUUCAAGUUUUUCCCUGUCCAUGACAAAUGGGCCAAUCUUCUAAUCUCCUUUGUUUCCAGUAAAAUUCUCCAUGUUUAGUUAUGUUUGGAUAGGGAUGCAUGUACAAGCUAAAAGCUCGGGGGUUGUUGUGGGGUUGGCAAAUGCCCGACCGCUAAGCAGCUCAACAUUUGAUUAUGCCCCACCCCCGGGACUGACUAGGUGGGCAAAUGCCCCGCAAUUGCCCAGGAGGGGGAGGGGGAGGGGAGGAGGUAUGGGCACACCUGGAAUUGUCUCUUGCAUAUAGAGAGAUACCUCAUCUUUUAUUCCCAUCCCUGCCCUCAUCCCCAAAAAACUGUCCCUAACCCCCUCAUUUUUUAUUAACUAAAUAGUAGUUAGCUAGUUAUUGGCCAAAGACACUCAUCUAAAAACAGGAGGGUGGCAUAACCAUAAAAAUGGCUGAAAUUGACAAAAUAAAAUGCAAAAAUAGCUGCUGGAUUAAAUAUUCUUUUGUUUAAAUUAAAAUACCCUGAAUGGUCUCAUUCUUCUGUACAAAAUUCAAAAGAAUAUGCAGUAUAUUUUGACCGCUCUUUACAAUUUUAGUUGAUUUAUUUACAGCUUUCCAUUUACUCGUCACUUUCGGAGAACAUACAGUCUGUCAACAAACCAUGGGAUGUCAAGAAAGGUACUCGAUACAGAAGUGCAAGUAGAGACCUUUAGAUUCUAAGAUGAGUACAACUACGAGUACAAGAUUUUCUCAAUACUAUAGAGUGCUCACCUGAGAACCAUCGUCAUUUUGGCAGGGAAAUGUGGUAGCCGUCGUCAUUCUACUAUGAGUUUUAGCAUGAAUUUUGUGUGGCAAAAACAAGACAUCAAAAUAAUGUUAGAAGUUUUAUCAUUUUGCGAUCGGGAUGACAAUGCUAACUUUUCUAGUGAAAAAUGGUAAUAAUAACUUUCCGGGUAGUCUAUAUUUUGAGAAUACUGUACGCGAAGAAACUUCAAGUCAAAUCUCGUACUUGUAGUCGUCCUGGUCCUCGAAUCUAAUGGUCUCUAAUAUCAGACAGUCAUUGGACAGAAUCAGGAUAAAUUUUGUCUUGUCCAAUAUUGCAAUAUUUUAUUGCACAAGAUGACGCAACAGAUCAGAUACCAAAGACUGAUUAUCAUUUUUGAAACUGAAGAUUUGCAUAGAGAUGAUUGUGCAAUACUACAGUCAAGUGGUAAGUUACAUGUACCUGUCAGUGUAUUACUAAGAAUAAUAUGAAAAAUUCUUAUUACUUAUAUAUUAUAUUUUCAAACUUAUAAAGAUUGCCUUGUUCUUGAUCACUAACUCAUUCAUAAUUUUUGAUUAUUAAUUGUAGGAUACAAUUGACAUGUCACAGUUCCCAGUUUCAAAAAUAAAGAACUUUAGUAUCAUUGCUCACAUUGAUCAUGGAAAAAGCACCCUUGCUGACAGAUUACUUGAAAUGACAGGUACUGAUGUAAUAUUGACCUGUAUUGUCCAAAAAUAUAUGGUGUGUUCAGUUAAUUACAUUGAUAAUGAUGCUUUUUUUAAAGAGUUUUCAGAUGUUUUUAGACAUCAAGGCAGCUCAAUGAGAGGCACAAAAACACUGGCUUUGCCUUGGCAGUUUUAAAAUUUGUUUUGUUGUUAUUGUUUAAAUUCACAAAUGAUUUAUGAAUGAAUAGUUGUUUGUGUAGUUGUUACUGGUAUGGCUGGCACCAAAUGAAACAACAAAAUCUGGGUCACAAGACUUAAAAGGUAUAUCAACCCCCAUAAUUGACACUAUUAAACUGAAAAGAGGUUUAAGGGAUGUUGUUAACAGGGUCGAUUUGAUCCAGUUACUUUUGUCUGAGACACGUCUAGUGGCUGUAGAUAACUAGUAUUUCAGAAAAUAUACUGAUACUAGCUUGCUGACAGUGUUAUUUAUAUCAUCUUUAUUGUAGGCACAAUAUCAAGAAACAGUGACAACAAACAAGUGCUGGACAAACUGCAAGUAGAGAGAGAAAGAGGAAUCACUGUCAAGGCACAGACUGCAUCAUUGUUCUACAACUAUAAAGGAGAAACCUAUUUAUUAAAUCUUAUUGAUACACCUGUAAGUGUUGAUCAAACUCAGUCAUCAUUGUAAUAAUUCAGACGUAAAUAAUUUGCCCCUUGGAUGGAGAGACAGAGAAGUGAGGGGAAGGGAGGGAGGGAGGCAGAGGGGUAGGGAGGUGGUGAUUUUUGCCUCUGUUUAAUGAAAGACAUGACUGUUUACAAUGACUAUGAAUAUGUAUUAAUCUGUGGAUGGCUUAUUAAUUGAAGUAACCACAACAAUAUUCCUGUAAACCUCUUUCAUUAUUGAUAGAUUUGAUGGUUUGGUAUACCCGAUUGAUCUCUUUUCUAUAUUAUUGGAAAUUUCAUUAAAUUGAGUCAGUUGAUUAAAAGUUUAUAAUAACUGCGUGAUAAGUAUACAUUUUAAAUUGUAGGGUCAUGUGGACUUUAGUUAUGAAGUAUCAAGAUCACUUGCUGCUUGUCAGGGAGUUAUUCUUCUUGUUGACUCAUCACAGGUACAGGCUUGGAUGUACAGUUGUUAUAGAUCUAAUACAAAGUUGAAUAUUCUAGAAUUUGUAUGUGAGAAUUUUCAGUUUAUUCAAAACCUGAAUUAAUGUUAACUGUGUGAGUUUAUUUUUCAACCCUCAAAAAAUAAGCAACAACAUUUACAUGAACAAGAACAUUGACUUCAUUUAAUUUUAGGGAACUCAAGAUUGUAGAUAUGCUGGAAGCAAUUAAUGUAUAAUAUAUAUUUAAAACUAUUUACGUGUGUACCAUGUAAACGUACCAACCCCUAAAGAUCUUUAAAUUCAGUUUUAUGUUGUUUUAAAUUUCUUGUUGUAAGCACGUACAGGUCAAUCAGUAUCAUAUAAUCAGUAUUAGUAUUGUUAUUAUUAUUGUUAUUAUUAUAAUUAUUAUUAUAAUUAUGAUUAUUAUUAGUAGUAGUAGUAUUAUUAGUAGUACAUUAAAAAGCACAACUAAAGUUUCCAUUACCAGUAAAUGUAUUUUAUCAUUUUCUUAGGGUGUUCAGGCACAAACAGUGUCAAACUUUUUCCUGGCAUUUGAUAAGGAUUUGCACAUAAUUCCAGUACUUAACAAGGUA